UCACGUCGAGCACGUCCGCGUCGGAGGCGACUCUGAUUAGCUCGUCGACUACGGAGGAAACGGAUGAGGACGGUUCCGCGGGCGCCACGGUGAAGACCGAGGUGUUCCGUACGACGGGCGCGAACGGAAGCAUCGUCACGAAGACGGUUCGCACGACGAUCCGCAAGGUGACUACUUCGAGCGGUGUGGUGAAGCGUAUGAUCGAGGUGGAGACGACGACGAAAGUGACGGAGGCCGCGUCGGGCGAGUCGAGCACGAGUGUGGUGAAGGAGAUGCGGGAGGAGGGUGUUGGUGAUACUGUCGGUCUUAUUAAGAUUGCCUCAGUUGUUGGUACGGACGGUAGUAAGCGCAGCGUGAUGGAAUCGAGUUGGGAAGAGAAGUCAGCUGUAUUGACGGAGCACCGUACUGGUAAGGGCUCUGCUUUGUGGGACAUGAAGCGCCGGCGUCUUGUCAAGACUUGGCUGCCUCAGUUCGUCUCGUACGUGCAGCGUCGUGGCCGUAGCCUGUCGAAAGCCAUGCCAAGGAAAGAACUCCUCAACUUUGCUCGUGAUUUCUGCGACCAGAACUUCGUAAGCUUUGAGGAUGGAUUCUUUAAUACGGGCACGUACGAAGAAAAGCGAGCUACGUGGACGAUUGCGCGCUCGCUGUCGUUCCAUUACCCUGGCGUUGCUGUUCAGCAGUUGGGUCUCGGAGUUGGAAAGUUUCAACGAACUCUGCUGAUUGACGAAGUUUGCCGCACGCGCACGGGUUCUGACGGCACUCAGUUGAUGGAGGUGGAAUUCGUGCUGUCAGCACUUCAGGUUGUGCCGAAGAAGUGUGCGUACUACGAGGAUGUUCUCAUUCUGGAGAACGGUGAAGUGCUGUUCCACGGCACUGGCGAGUCGUUGAUCACGUACUUCCAGGAACUUGGCUUCGUGUGUCCUCCGAACGUGAAGGUGUCUGGUUACUUGCUUAACCUGACUGAAGAGCAGCAGAUCCACCACCAGGUUACCAUGAUCCAAGGCUUUAACAACCAGCGUCAACUGCGUCGCAGCCGCAUGUUCUCUGGGUUGAUGAAGUACUCGGACGACAUGGUGCUCAUUACUGGUGGGCCCGGUGCUGGUGCUCCGUCGAGGACGAGCACUCCGGUCGGAAGCCCGGUACGCAGCGGAUCGACGGCCAGACUGAGCACGUCGUACUCGCCUCUCCGGCGUCAGCUGAAGGCACGUGGAUCUCUGGUCAGGUCGCCGUUCGGAUCACCGAUAAGCUCUCCUGCGGGCUUCGCGUCACCGCAGUCGACCAAUGCGACGAGGAGCAUGAGGAUCACUGCCUACUCGUCUCCAGAGCAGACGACCAGGUCUAUGAGCAGCUCGAGUGCCGGCUUCGCUUCGCCUCUGGCCACCAAGACGACUCGCGGUGCUACGCAGACGACCACGUACGCGUCGCCUAUGAGAACCCAGUCAACAGCAACGGCAGCCUCGACCACGACCCGCAAGAUCACCGUCGAGGGCGACUUCACUGUAAUCACAACGGAGGUCACGUCGCCUCGUGGAACCAAGCGAGUGUCCACCACGCGCCAACCUACCAAAAGCGGACCCAGCACUAGUGCUGCCUAAAUGAGGGGAUCAUCUGCCAAUUGCUACUGCAGUAGUUCUGCAUGAGUUUAUCUGCAUUUUCUAAAAAAAAAUACAUGUUUCUUUCAUUCCAA